AUGGCGUUUUACUCGGAGGUUGACAAAAAUUUUAAGCAACUUUACGAGAAUAGAGAGAACGGCGACGUGAUAAUUUAUGCUGGCGAGGAGCUUAAAGAGCUUCGCGCUCAUUCUCAAGUUUUACUUACUUAUUCUUCUUAUUUCCGUGGAGUGCUUUCAUACGAGGGAGCAAAGAAUUAUGAUGGGCAUUUUAUUCUUAAAAAGUCUAACAUCCACGCUUCGACGUUCGAAGUGAUUCUUAAGUUUGCCUAUUGCGGACCUACAGAUCUUCAUGAACUAGAUAAUGCGGUGGUUCUCAAAGUUUUAGCCGCUGCAGAAGAACUAGGAUUUCAUAAACUUAUUAACUACGUCGAGAAAUAUAUAAUUAAAAAUCUCAAUGAUUUUUCACGAGAGGAUCCUGUGAAAAUGUUACACAUUGUUGCUAGCCAUGAGACGUUCGAAGAUCUUAAAGAAAUUUGCGUGGAAGCCAUCCUUACCGAGCCAGACAUCUUAUUCGACUCAGGAAAAUAUUUAACAUUAGAAGAGAACGCAUGGAUAUUGAUUCUUAAAUAUGACGAACUUAUAAUAGAUGAACUUGAAAUUUGGGAUUAU